CGGAGUGAGACAAGCGGACAGGAGGGAGGACAGAAAGAGGGGAAAAAGUGACCAACCUGCACAGUGAUCUACAUUCACACGCCUAGAAGAGUUCAAGCUUGUUCCAAGAUGCAGAGAGCACAUCAACGAUCGUCCUGCUGGUGGCUGGCAUCUUUGCUGCUGCCUGUCAUUUACUCCUCUUCUUCCUACUCUUCGUCCUCCUUCCCGACGUACCAGAGAGCGGCUGCCGGCGGGUCUCGGGCGGGCUUCCUGGGAAGGACCCUGGUUCUGCUGGACGUCAACACCCGCAGUCCCACCCGAGUGCUUAACGACAACUUUCUCUCCCUGCAGCUGGAUCCAUCGAUCAUCAGUGACGGCUGGCUGGUCUUCCUCAGCUCCAAGCGUCUGGUGACCUUGGCGAGGGGCCUGUCUCCAGCCUUCCUCCGCUUUGGUGGCAAGCGCACCGACUUUCUGCAGUUCAACAACCAGAAGAACCUGGCUAAAUACCGAGGGCCCGGGCCCGAUUACUACCUGAAAAACUACGACGAUGAUAUAGUGCGUAGUGACAUUGCAAUGGACAAGCAGAAUGGUUGCAAAGUAGCAAGCCACCCAGAUAUGAUGCUACAGCUCCAACGAGAGAAGGCGGCCAGCACACAUCUCGUCCUGCUCAAGGAGCAACUGUCCAACAUCUACAGCAAUGUAACAAUAACAGCCAGAUCUUUAGACAAAUUGUACAACUUUGCCGAUUGUGCUGGUCUGCACCUGAUCCUGGGCCUCAACGCACUGCAUAGAAAUCCCGACAACUCCUGGAACACUUCUUCCACGCUCACUCUCCUCAAGUACAGCGCCGGCAAGAAAUACAACAUCUCCUGGGAGUUGGGCAACGAACCCAAUGCGUACCGCAGCAUGGUGGGCCGUUCCGUCAACAGCACCCAGCUGGCUCAGGACUACACUCAACUGCGGACCCUCCUCCAAUCUGUUCGCUACUAUAACCGAGCUCACCUUUAUGGCCCGAAUGCGGGGAGACCCCGAAGGAAUGCCAUUCUACUUCUAGACGGAUUCAUGAAAAAUGCUGGCUCCGUCAUUGAUGCAGUUACGUGGCAACAUUAUUUCCAGGAUGGCAGAGUGAAAAAAGUGGAGGAUUUCUUAAAAACCCGUUUGUUGGACGUACUGAGAGAACAGAUCACUAAAGUUGCCAAGGUGGUGAGCACACAUACACCUGGUAAGAAGGUGUGGCUCGGUGGACUGGGUCCAGCUUGGUCGGGAGGCAUCAAUAAUCUCUCGGACACAUUCGCUGCUGCUUUCCUGUGGGCGAACACGCUGGGCAUGGCUGCUGUUCAGGGAAUUGAUGUAGUCUUGCGUCAUUCAUUCUUUGAUUAUGGAUACACGCAUCUUGUGGACCAGCAUUUUAACCCCUUACCAGAUUACUGGUUCUCCCUGAUCUUCAAACGUCUGGUGGGGCCGAGGGUCUUAGCCGUGCGGGUUGCCGCACUGCAAAGGAAGCCCCAAACAGGACGGCUCAUACGGGACAAGCUGCGUAUCUACGCCCACUGCACCAGCUACUCCAAUCACAACUACGCAAGAGGCUCCAUCACCAUCUACAUUAUCAACCUACAUCGCUCCAGGAAGAAAAUCAAGUUGGCAGGCACGCUACGGAACAAGACGGUGCACCAGUACCUGUUCCAGCCCUACGGCAACGACGGACUUAAAGCCAAACAUGUGCAGCUGAACGGCGAGAGGCUGUCGAUGCUGGACAACGAGACAUUCCCAGAACUGAAGCCAAAGACAUUGCGGGCAGGACGGACAAUAGCCAUGCCUCCCAUGACCAUCGGCUUUUAUGUCAUCAAAAACAUGAACGCGUACGCCUGCCGGAGAUAACAUAGAUGGAACCUAACCCACUGUUUUCAAUGCAUACUCAAAGCUCUGAACUUGACAUUCUUCUGUUGUGAACUUUUCAACCAGUACUGUAUGUCACCUCCUCCCUCAAGGGCACGUCACAAGUUGGGAAUAUUGCAGGCGUGACCAACCUUUUUGCAAUUGACAGCUACUUCUUAGCUACUAAUUCAUACAAAGGGAUACCAGUUUGAUACACGCUUCUGAAAUCACAAAUUGCUCCUAUUAUCUUUAAUUAGUAUAUAUGAUUAAUAAUAGCCAUUUAAGACACUGAUCAUAUGAAUGAUGAAAAAUAUCAUGUUGCGAUCGUACUAUUUCAAAGGCAACACAAAUUCACGAUUUUAGGUUUCAAUCCUGUAGCUUUACAGAUUUUGUGACAUACCGGCCAGUCUUGUAUACUGCGAAUAUUUAAUAUUAUUCCAAAAAUUCCCAGCUUCAGGCGCCGCCACGUCCAUCAGAUCCAGAUGGCAGCGUCAAGCUGGGCACCCACUAAUUCUACAAUACGAUGAGUUGUAAAAUACUGUAGCAGUAUAUUAUAACAUAUUUAGCGAUCAUUAUGACAAUGAACUGAAAUAAUUAUGUAAUGUGCACUUUAUUGUCUUUUGUCAUGACUGGGACUUGAUUGCAACACAUUGGUCCGUUGACUUACGCUUCUGGUCCUGUAACUGCUCCUCCUGAUCCGUGUUGUUGGGGACCGCUGCCUGACAGCUUGUGUUUCAUAUUUACAAAAAUUCAAUAAGGGAAUAUAGAAUUCUUCUGUGACUCGAUUAGGCUCUGCUUUCCUUGCCCUAGCCAUCAAAGUGAAAAACGUUUUGGGGUAUAUCUAUUCACUGAUUUCCAUCUUUACGGUCAAAACAAUGACGCAAAAUUUAGAACAGGUGAAACUUGUUGACGGAGAAAGUAGCAUGAGUGCGUUAUAUGUGUGUGUUUUCCCGAUGAAGCUACUGAUGUGUGUGUUACACAGCCCUGAAAGUUUCUCCCUGUAAAUCAUAUCAGGAUUUUAGUAUUCUAUUUAGUUUUUUUAUUUUAUGUCGCUGUUGCCUAGCUGCAAACAGAACAGCAGAGUACUCCAGGAUGUCCAAAGUUGAAAUUCAACCAAGUUUCAAAUCCACUUUACACUAGUUCCUACGAGACAGAUUGUUUUGAAAGUUCCACGACUUCAACCAACACGACACACAGAAAUGAAGUAAACAUUUUGAAGGUUUAUUCUAACCUGGUUAUAUCGUUGCCACAAUCUAACAAUUUAUAGUCCUAUUGUGCUGCUAGUUUUCACAUGUUAUG